ACUAUUCAUUGUUAAGGCAUUCGUUAGUGAACUGUGCAAUAGUUAACGUUACUUACACUUAAUUAAUGGUUGAAAAUGUUCAAAGUAUUAAACAAUGGACCAAUCAGAAUCAAAGCGGCAAAUUAUUUAAAACAUGAUAGAAGAGAAAAAGGGUUUGUCACUACAAAAAGAGAGGUGGUGUCUUCAGCUGAUGUUGUUAUUAUUGGUGGAGGUAUAGCGGGGUGCAACACACUUUACCAACUUACUAAGAGAGGGGUGAAUGCUGUUCUCUUGGAGAGAGCCAAGUUGACUAGUGGCACGACAUGGCAUACGGCUGGAUUGGUAUGGUCUCUAAGACCAUGCGAUUUAGAAGUGAAAUUAUUGAGGGAUUCUAGAAAGGUAUACAGUUCCUUGGAUGUGGAGUCUGGUCACCAUGCAGGGUGGGUCAACAACGGUGGUAUGUUCAUAUCGCGGAGCAAGGUCCGAACACAAGAAUACAUGAGGCUACAUACGUUAGGUAAAGCCAUGGGUAUUCCAAGCCAAGUUCUGGACCCACAAGAAGCACAAAAGAAGUUCCCAUUGCUUGACCCGUCAGUAUUUGAAAUGGCUUUGUUUGCUCCCGAAGAUGGCACCAUAGACCCCUCUAUGGUUUGCAAUGCUCUUAUCAAAGUCGCUACUAAACAUGGAGGAAAAGUGUACGAACAAUGUCCAGUACUGGACAUACAUUACCAACACAAUCCUCUCGGCAACAAGGAAGUGACAGCAGUGCAUACUGAUAGAGGAGUUAUCAAGACGAAGUGCGUUGUUAACUGUGGAGGAGCGUGGGGUCCCCGCAUAGCCAGAUUUGCAAGCGUGCCAAAUCUGCCACUGGUACCAUUCAAGCACGCAUACGUAGUAUGUGACGCGACGCCCGAAGUUCGAGGCUGCCCCAACAUCCGCGACCAUGACGUGGACUUGUAUAUCAAGGUGCAGGGAGAGUCCUGCCAAGUUGGAGGCUAUGAGAACAACCCCCAUAUGCUGAAUCAGAUACCAGACCACCUUCAGUUCCACCUAUACGAGCUAGAUUGGGACGUAUUCGGUAUCCACAUGGCUAGUGCCUCGACAUUAUGUCCUAAGUUACGUACGACCGGAAUCAAGAGUACUGUGUGCGGUCCUGAAUCCUUCACUCCUGAUCAUAAGCCUUUGCUUGGAGAAGAUCCUCAUGUGUUCGGUUUAUACCACAACUGCGGCUACAACUCAGCUGGUAUGAUGUUUUCCGCUGGAUGUGCUAUACAAAUGGCCGAAUGGAUCGUCACUGGAAGGCCUCACUACAACAUGUUCACAUUCGACAUCCGUCGCUUCACCCCCGGACAAAUUUCUCGGCCACAUUGGAUGCGCGAAACCAGUCACGAAGCUUAUGUGCGAAACUACAACAUAGUGUUCCCGAACGAUGAACAUUUGGCGGGAAGGGAUGCCAGCCAUGACGCCAUACACCAAGAAUUAGUAGAAGAUGGUGCUGUGAUGCAGGCCAGGGCUGGUUGGGAAAGACCCGCGUUCUUUUUGCCGGGAGAAAAGAUCAGAGUACAGCAGUAUGACUGGGGUGGCGCUCACAAAGAUUAUCCGAGGAACUUGGAUCAACGCUACGAGGAAAUUCUUAAAGGAGACCACACGUUUGGCUUCUCUAAACACCACGAUAUUAUCGGGCAAGAAGCUCUGAGCUGUCGCUACGCAGCCGCUCUAUUCAACAUGUCGUAUUACGGCAAGUUCUACUUGACCGGGCCGGAUGCACAACGCACUGCCGAGCUGGCAUUCACUGCUGAGCUCGCACAUAAAAUCGAUAAUAGAGUGGUGUACUCACUGAUGUUGAACGACAAAGGCGGAGUGGAAGCAGAUGUGACGGUGAACAUCCUCGAUGGUGGAACCGGACAGUGGCACGAACCAAUCUUUAAGGGUCGCGGCUACUACAUAGUGACGAGCGGGUUCAGCGCGAAUCACACUCUUGCGCAUCUCCGACGCAUAGUACAAACGCACAAACUUAGAGCCACUAUUACUGACGUCAGUAAACAGCUGGCAAUUCUUAGUAUACAAGGACCUGACAGCCAACGUAUCCUCCAACGCUACACAGACGCAGGUCUUUCAAACGACGCGUUCCCCGUAAACACGCACCGUAGCAUCCACGUGACAACAGGCUUGAACACUCCCGAAGAAAAAAAAUUCAGAUGUCGGGCGCUCCGGGUGACCUGGUCCGGGGAACUGGGCUGGGAACUCCAUGUACCGUCCGCCCAUGCUAUACCUGUGUACAGGACUCUGAGCCGCGCUAAGGGACUGAAGAAUGCUGGUUGGAGAGCUUUGACUUCGUUGAGUGCUGAAAAAGGUUAUCACUUAUGGAACGCUGAUUUGAGAUCCGAUGAUAACCCCAUUGAAGCUGGCUUGGGUUUCACAUGCAGAAAAGACGGCAAUUUCAUUGGCAAUGAACACGUUACUAGAGCGAAAACGAAUGGAGUCACCAAGAAAUAUGCGUUUUUCACACUCUAUGACAAGGUUGCUCUCUUUGGCCAAGAAGCCAUAUUCAGAAAUGGAGUACCGGUAGGCUACCUUAGGAGAGGAGACUACGCGUUCUUCCUAGACAAACCAAUUGGCGUCGGCUAUGUAACCAAUAAAGGCUUGCCAGUGACCAGAGCCUUCUUGAAAGAUGGCAAGUAUGAGAUCGAAGUUAUGGGGAAAAAGCACAAAGCGAAGCUACACAUUAGAUCUCCAUUCGACCCUAAUGGACAAAGGUUGCUGGGCCAUUAUGGAGCUCGAGGCAUGGAUGAGAACACUCAUGAGCCCCAUGCUGGACAAAACGAAAGGGCCGGCGGCAGUGAAUGAUUGUUUAGUAAAAUAUUAGUUGUGAUCUCAAUAAAAACAUUUAAACGCGA